AGACACUAUACAAUAAUAUUGUCUACGUACUAGCAUAGCGGAGUUACCUAUACACACAUAUAUGAGAGGUACGUUGUAUUGUUUAUUUGGCAGAGGUGCCUUAUUGCAUGAGAUGCCUGAUACCUUCCGUCCAGAUAUCUGUCUGACAUCCAUCCGACACCCUCGUGAAUGUCAGAUAGAUGUCAGAUAAAUGUCAGAUAGAUAUCAGAUUAAGGUCCCUGAGAUCCACGAAAUGCUCCAUAAUCCAGAAUUUACUAAUAUUUCAGACUACAAGCUUGUUGUUCUUGGUGCGGGUGGUGUUGGUAAGUCCUCCAUCACCGUACAAUUUGUGCAGGGUGUCUAUGUCGAAAGCUACGAUCCCACUAUUGAGGAUUCCUACCGUAAACAGAUCGAAAUCGAUGACAAAGCAUGCGACUUGGAAAUCUUGGACACUGCGGGGAUUGCGCAAUUCACCGCCAUGAGGGAGUUGUACAUCAAGUCAGGCCAGGGGUUUUUACUCGUGUAUUCGGUGACGGAUGAGGACUCGUUGAAGGAAUUGUUGGCAUUGAGAAACCAGGUGUUGCGUAUCAAAGAUUCUGUCAACGUCCCCAUGGUGCUCGUGGGGAAUAAAUGCGAUUUGGAGGAAGAAAGAGUCAUCAGCGCCGCGGAUGGUGACAAGGUAAGCAGCGACUGGGGCAACGUGCCGUUCUACGAGACCAGUGCCAUGUACAAGACCAACGUGGAUGAGGCAUUCAUCGACGUCGUGAGACAGAUCAUGAGAAACGAGCAGUUGGUGGAGAAGGAGAGAGAGGCCACGGCCAUGGCCGCCCUGCAAGCCAAGACCGAAAACGCCCAGACCAGAGGUCUGCCGCUUUCUGGAAAGGAUGGUUCCUCCAAGGCCGGCGCUGCCGCUGCCUCCAAGGCUGCGGGAUCAAAGGCCGAUCUGAAGAAGAAGUCUAAGAAGAAGAGGAAAAGCAAAUGUGUUAUCUUGUGAUAUUCAAAGCUUGGACGACUCCCUAUUCCCUACGAUUCCCUAACGUUAUGUUACCUUUAGUUCUGUUUCUUUCCCUGCAUUUCCCAGUUUAAUUUCCGUCUAUACCAAUUACAUUUGUAGAGGCCUGUGGAAACGUUUGGCCCCCAGUGGUUCUAAACCGCACGUAAAUGUCCAUAUGGCUGUAUCGGUGCGUACUUCAGACCAAGGGGUGUCACCGUACUGCCACCUAAGCUGUUUUAGCACCAGGUGGUUUCCAGUGUUAAACCUUUCCAAAGAGACUACAGUCAUUCUAUCCAACCUUAAUCGUUUGAAGAAAGAAAAGAAGCAGAUCGUACAAAGCUUAAGCAGUGUAAUUGCUCAUGCAUAAGAAACCACUGAAUAUGGCUUACCCGUUUG